UGAAUUUCAGAAACAUUCCUCCACUCUCAAAAGGUACUGUUUGGUGCCAGAAUCAUGUCUGAAGACUGAAGCGCUCUCGAAGCUCCGGUUGCUGGACUUUGACGGUGCUGAAGAUGUUCCCAGUAACUUGCAGCCGUCGUCUCUGGCGGGGCGAGCUCCUGAGGAGAAUGUGCCUGAGCCGGCAGAUGCCGAGCAGGUGGCACAUUGAGCAGAUGCACGUCCGGGUCGGAGACCGCGCGGAGCUCAGCAGGGCCUUCACACAGAGGGACGUGGCUGCCUUCUCAGAAUUAACGGGGGAUGUCAAUCCUUUGCAUUUAAAUGAAGAGUUUGCAAAACACACCAAGUUUGGAAGGACAGUUGUACAUGGAGUUUUGAUCAAUGGACUUAUUUCGGCUCUUCUGGGAACUAAAAUGCCAGGGCCAGGCUGUGUUUUACUUUCACAGGAAAUUAGCUUUCCAGCCCCCUUAUACGUUGGAGAAGUUGUUUUAGCUUCCGCAGAAGUGAGAAAGUUGAAGCGGUUCAUUGCUGUUAUUGCAGUGUCGUGUUUUGUAAUAGAAAGCAAAAAGACUGUCAUGGAAGGCUUGGUUAAAGUUAUGGUCCCAGAAACUCCCAAAUCCUGAACCGUGUGAAGAUGCACAUUCACAUGCUAGCGGUGCUGUUAGUGAGGAGCCUCAGCAAAAUAGGUUUUGCGGCUCUUCACCGGGGGAUGGCUUCUAGACCCUGAAGCCUGGAUUGGGGGAAAGGAGCAGGGAGAGGGGUGUUCAGAGUUCCACCGUCCAAUCCAGCUUUAUGCUUCACACAGACUUGAGUAUAUUCGUCAUCUGUCUAGGAUUUUAAAACUGAAAAAUUACCAGGAAGGUUAUUUAGCUGAAGGUUCUACUUUUAGGAUUUCACAUUUAGUUAGAUUUGCAUUUGGAUAAUAAACCUGCCUCUAUCUGCAGAGAGUAGGUUCCUCACUGAAUUCAUAAAGUCGUAUUUAAUUAUUGAAGACAACAGCAGAAGUCAGGUCAUCUUUGAGCACCUACCUUCUACCAGUCAGUGUUCUUAGGUCCUGCUCAGUACUUUCCAGAUCUGAGCUUACUGUAAUUCGUUCCCGUUUAUAUCACGAGGCCACCUUUUUCCAUCGUGGCAUUUGUCUUCCAGAUGCUUUUCCUAUUAUUGGAGAACGCUUAUGCAUGCAUUUGCACUCAUUUAUGUAAACUCUGUCAGUGUCAUGUAUAAAACAAGAGUCAGGACACCUACCCCACAGGAUUGUAGGAGACGAUAGAUACGAAUAGCUAAGCACAAGGUCUAGCCUGUAAAGUGGCCACUACUUUACAUCCAUUCUCCCCUGUCAGUGAGGCUAGAGAUUUCCCUCAGUUUAUAGCAAACUGGCCCACAACUGAACAGAUGAUCAGCUAAUUUUUCAGGAUGUCAAUCAAUCUAAACCUGGAAUAGUUUGAAUUCAAAGUUUCUGUUUUAGUAAUCCAGAUUAUUUUCUCCCUCCCUUGAAAAUACUGUGGAUUCUCCCCUUUAUAAAUAAUGUAUGCUUAUUGUAAAAGAUUGUAAGAAAUAAAGUGUAUAAGGAACACCA